UCUAAUCUCUAAAAAUAUCAAAGCAUGAAUAUAAACAAAACAAAAUUUGCAAACUGUAAAACCCUAAGGCAGAAAGAAGAAGUGGAAGAAGUAAAAGAAGAGAAGAAGAUGGAAAUGGAAAUAAGAAGAGGUCCAUGGACUGUGGAGGAAGACAUGAAGCUCAUCAAUUACAUUGCUCUUCACGGUGAAGGAAGAUGGAACUCUCUCCCUCGUUCUGCUGGACUUAAUAGAACGGGGAAAAGUUGUAGAUUGCGGUGGCUGAAUUAUCUCCGACCAGACAUCCGCCGUGGAGACAUAUCCCUCCAAGAACAAUUCAUCAUUCUUGAACUCCAUUCUCGUUGGGGAAAUCGGUGGUCAAAGAUUGCUCAACAAUUACCUGGAAGAACAGAUAACGAGAUAAAGAAUUAUUGGAGAACACGUGUUCAAAAACAUGCCAAACUUCUGAAAUGUGACGUGAACAGCAAGCAAUUCAAAGACACAAUCAAACAUCUUUGGAUGCCUCGACUCGUCGAGAGAAUCGCCUCCACUCAAAAUGUCGAGUUUACCUCUAACCACUACUCGCCCGAGAACUCGAGCGUGGCCACUGCCAUGUCAUCGUCGACCUCGUCGGAAUAUAUGGGAUCGAAUUUCUUCGAUGGUGAUCAGAUGGAAUAUGGGACGUUGGAUCAGAUGAGAAAUAAUUGUAGUACUUGGUUCAACGGCGAAGAUGCGUUGGAAAACUUGUGGAGUGUUGAUGAGCUCAACAAUUGGCUCUUACAGCAGUAA